AUGUCUCACGUCCAAGUUUUCUCUAUCACUACUGCCCUUGUAGCAUCAGGUGGUAUCGCCACAUUGACGUUUUUCGACAUUCCUGAGCUUCAAUCUCAACCAGCCUAUCGCUCCCUUUCUGCAGUAAGAUGGCUCUUCAGUCGUGGAUCCCACGUCUUCCCAUCCGCGUCAAUCAUUUCUACUAUCGGCUUCAUAUAUUCCGCGUCAGUUGACAAUGGAAGCUUCAGCUCUCUCUAUUCUUUAUCGAACAACACUUCUAAAGCCAAUGGAUUUCUGCUCGCUGCAGCGCUGUCCUUUGGUAUCGAACCGUUCACGCAACUCAUGAUUCCGACGAACUUUGCUCUUAUUCGGGAGAAUAACAAGUUGGGUGGAGCGAGGAGCAAGAAAGCCGCCGCGGAAGGUGAUGCCUCGGCUGAUAGAACUGCUCUUGAUUCUGUCAAGGGAAGUGGUGAGGGAUUCGAAUUCACCGACCUUAGUGGUCCUCAGGAACGCACGACGGUAGAUUCGAAUGAAGAAGAAGAUGAAAAGGUGUAUAAGUUGCUGGAGAAGUUUCGUUGGCUUAACCUUUGGUGCUUAGUCACCAUAUACAAGGAGAACCCUGCAACCAAGUGCCAAGAUGAUAUAAACGUUAAACGGACUGCCUACUGGUGUCACUCUGGUCCUUUACUUGACGUCUCGAAAGCUUUGCCGCCGACAUUCUACGAGUUUGAGACUCAGGUCCUCACGGGGUCUAUACAUAAUAUUCUCAUUCCGUUCUUGGCUCAUAUCAACAACCUCCUCGUAGCCAAGGGAGUUCGGCACUACUUUUUUACGAUACGCGCUUCAGUACCAACACACGAAUUCGACCGUCCAAGAUGGCAUACAGACGAACUGUUCUUCACUGAAGCACCAAAUGGCGUUCUACUAGGCACAAGGCUGGGACUUAAAUCGAUAUCUGACAAAUAUGCACAUAAUGACGGAACAAACUGGAAGAUCUGCACCACCCUUCUAGGUCCAUCCACUCUCUUCAUUCCUCCCAACCACCAGUCUGAAGCGAGAAAAAGGCAGGACUCUGCUAGUAAAAAUGCAAGUACAGAGCACGAAUGUCUUUCUAUCCGAUGUGUGGGAUGCGCGGCAGCGGCUGAUGCCGUGCGGGAGGAACUUGCCACUACGCUGGGACCCUUUGGUGCAGAGGCUGCGUCACUGGGGGAAUGUGCUAUGUUCAAAAUUGGGAGAGACUUUGGAGCUGUGCACUCAGAGCCCUGCAUGAGUGAGGGUUCUAGUGGGAGGAUCUUUGUCAAUGUUGUGCCUGGGACAGAGAAGGAGUUGGGACAGCUUAUGGGUAAAUGGGGGAUGAAGUUUCCCAGGCAAUGGUGGGUUGGUGGUUGGUAA